AUGUCGAUCUCAACGGCGCAAAUGUGGCUCUUCUUACUCAUUUUCACCAGCAUCCUUCAAUCAACGUUGUCUAGCAAUGUGACCUACGAUUUCAACAUUACUUGGGUCGCCGUGAAUCCAGAUGGGGCCUUCACGAGACCAACAAUCGGUGUGAACGGGCAAUGGCCUCCCCCUCAGAUACAUGCCAACUUGGGGGAUACAAUCACCGUCAACGUUUUGAAUCUCCUGGGUAAUCAGUCUACAUCGUUACAUUUUCAUGGCUUGUUCAUGAAUGGCAGCACCCACAUGGACGGACCUGCCCAGGUUUCCCAAUGUGCAAUAGCUCCGGGCUCAUCUUUCACGUACAGAUUCAGAGCUGAGCAAGUCGGCACUUAUUGGUAUCAUUCCCACACACAGUCACAAUAUCCAGACGGCCUACGAGCGCCGCUCAUAAUCCAUGACCCAGACAAUCCGUACGCUGAGCAGUUCGACCAGGAGCUGGUACUCACGGUAUCUGACUGGUACCAUCAACAAAUGGCCGAUCUCAUUCCGCAGUACAUGAAAAGCGGCCACAUGAUGUCACAUGAGCCGGUACCUGACGCAAGCCUUCUGAAUGACACACAUGAUCUCCAGGUCGGCGUCGUGCCGGGGAAAACGUACUUGGUGCGUAUGGUGAAUAUGGCAGCUUUCGCCGGGCAGUACUUUUGGAUUGAAGGGCACACCAUGACCAUUGUCGAGAUUGACGGGGUCUACACUCGAGCUACUGAGGCGGAAAUGAUAUAUCUCGCGUCGGGGCAACGGUGCAGCUUUCUUCUCACAACGAAGUCUCAAAGCUCUCAUAAUUACCCUUUCGUGGCCUCCAUGGACCAGAGCUUGUUCAUGAUGGCCGGCCAUGUCAACUCGGAUGUGACAGGAUGGCUUGUGUAUGACUCCGCUCAUCCACUGCCACGGCCGAAGAAGAUCGAUCAAUUCAACCCUACCGACGAUAUGACUAUCGUACCCUACGAUGAGAUGCAACUCCUGCCAAAAGCGGACAAAAGCAUAAGUUUAAACCUAGAGAUGCGGCAUUCUCAAGGAGCUACUUACUAUAUGUUCAAUGACAUAAGCUAUAGAAGUCCGGAGAUUCCAUCGCUUUAUACAGCAUUGACCAGCGGGAAUUCGGCGACUGAUCCGGCAGUGUACGGUAUAUCCACCAAUCCAUUCGUUCUUGAGCGCAACGACGUUGUUGAGCUGGUGCUCUACAAUCGGCAUAUGCUCCGUCACCCUUUUCAUCUCCAUGGACAUCACUUUCAAGCCAUCUACCGUUCUGAAGAAUAUGGGGGAAGAUACGAAGAUAGUGGUGUGACAGAGGCAAACUUGCCACAGAAACCAAUCCGUCGCGACACGCUAGUUCUCCCUCCCGGUGGAAGUAUGGUGAUACGGUUCAGAGCCGACAAUCCAGGGGUUUGGCUUUUUCAUUGUCAUAUGGAAUGGCACGUCCACACAGGUCUCGUGGCUACUAUGAUCGAGGCUCCUAUAGAACUUCAGCAGCAAAGACGAUCUCAGCCGUUGCCCGCGGACCAUAUAGGAGCAUGUGUUGCAACAGGAACCCCAGCAACUGAGAAUGAUCCUGGUCAGGUUGAUGACUUGCUGGAUGUUCAGAAUGAGAACGAUCCUACGCAGGGAAAGCCUGAAGGUGUUUCCAUAUCAGAUGCCGUGGUAUCGUUGGCUGCUGGUUCUGUCUUGGUCAUGACUGGUCUGGUUUUCUUGGUUUGGUUUGGUGUAAAGAACUGGGGUGCUAGAAAAGCUCAAUAUGCUCCUUUGGCAAUGAACGUUGAGGAAGAUCUAUGA